AUGCGUGCCUCCGUCGCUCUCUACAACGCUGCCCGGACUCCCCUGAUCCGCUUCGUCGGCAAGCGCUCCGUCCCCAAGUCCAUUGACCACACUCCUCGCGUUCACCCCGCUUCUCCCCUCAGCGCUCUGCCCGACUCUUUCGCCGCCUACCGCGCCAAGGCUCAGCAGCACGGCCCUCUCGGCCGCGCUCAGUUCAGCGGCCGCGUCGGAGCCCAGCCCGGCUCUGCCCUGGGUCCCGUUGCCCCCAAGGCCGGCGAGUUCUUCGACCGCACCGAACUUCCUGCUCGUUUCGGUCGUCUCCCCUGGACACAGGCUGAGAUCGAUGCCGUUGAGACCGGUGGUGCCAGCAUGUACGCCUAA